AUGAAUACAGCACUCAGUAACAGCGGCAUGCACUCCCAGCCUAGUAAUACCGUACAAAAAUUAGCCACUGUGAAUGAGCAGACAUGGAUAACAGUUGGUAAUUUGGCCGAAAUGAUGGGCGAUCAUGAUAAAGCCAUAAAUAGCUAUGAGUCAGCUUUAAGACAUAACCCUUACUCCAUCGUUGCCUUGUCUCAAAUCGCAUCAAUCUAUCGUGCCAGAGAGCAGCUUGAAAGAGCAGUGGACUAUUUCAAGAGAGUACUGGCAAUUCAAGACAGCCAUGGUGAUACCUGGGCAGCAUUAGGUCAUUGUUACCUGAUGUCAGACAAUUUACAGGAAGCCUACCAAGCCUACCAACAAGCAUUAUACCACUUGCAGAACCCCAAAGAUGCUAAGCUAUGGUAUGGCAUUGGAAUCUUAUACGACCGCUAUGGUUCACUGGAGCAUGCUGAAGAGGCAUUUUCGGCUGUGAUGAAGAUGGAUCCUCAGUUUGAAAAGGCAAGCGAGGUUUACUUCAGAUUGGGCAUCAUAUACAAGCAACAGCGUAAGUUUGAUCCAUCAUUACAAUACUUUCAAUACGUUUUGCAACACCCACCAAGUCCCUUGAUCGAAUCAGACAUUUGGUUCCAGAUCGGCCAUGUUCAUGAACAAAAGAAAGAAUAUGAUGCUGCAAAAGAGGCAUACGAACAUGUGUUAUCCGAGAGCCCGGAUCACGCAAAAGUCUUACAGCAGCUUGGAUGGCUUUAUCAUCAACCCGACACUUCCUUCACAAACCAGAAAUUGGCAACCGAACUCUUGACGAAAUCAAUUAGUGCUGAUAGCGCAGAUGCUCAAUCAUGGUAUCUGUUGGGUCGUUGUUAUAUGGCAGAGCAGAAUUACACCAAGGCAUACGAAUCAUAUCAGCAAGCAGUGUACAGAGAUGCUCGCAACCCAAUAUUCUGGUGCUCAAUUGGCGUGCUGUAUUAUCAGAUCAACCAAUAUAGAGAUGCUUUAGACGCUUAUAGCAGAGCUAUCCGUCUAAAUCCUUACAUCAGCGAGGUGUGGUAUGAUUUGGGAACAUUGUACGAGUCGUGCAACAAUCAAGUGCAGGAUGCUUUAGACGCCUAUCAGCGCGCCCUUGAAUUGGAUCCUAAUAAUGCGCAUAUUCAACAGCGUAUUGAUCUACUGAAAAAGCCUGUGAGCGGAAGUGCUGCACCAGUGCCUCAAGAUGUCACUGAUCCCAGUCAGUAUGUUCAACAUGCAGCAGGAAGCGGAAGCAUGCUUCCUUAUGGGCAGGGACCGAGACAAGUUCAACAAAAGCAGACAGAUCAUCGCGACAUUGCAGACCGUGGAGGAGAGUUGCCAGGCUUAUCUAAAGCUGAAGCCAGAGCAAACGAAGUAUCAAAGCAAUUGCACAUCCCUGACAUCAAUGGACGUAGGCCAUCGCUGUCGCCACCCUCUGCCAACGCUCACAUGAAUCCAAUGCUCAUCAAUUCAGCUCCAAAGGAAGAGCCCAGAUCACCCAAACCUUCAUUUGUAGCUAACCGUAAUACGAAUGGCAAUGAAGACGAAGAGAUGACAGAAGCUGGAGCUCAUCCGAACAAGACAUCGCCCAAUGUAAAACCAGAAGAUGAAGAGAUGAAUUAG